AUGCUGGGAUCAACACCAUGGGCUCAUGGCCACUGCACGCCAUCCUCCAACAAGGCCAAACGUCACCCAGAAGCCCUCCACACGCGCAAGCCGUCCCUCAGCAACUCCGUCUCCAGCAGCGAUUCCUCUUCGACACAGUCGACGCGGUCCACGGGGACCGCCCGCCACACCCGGGUCCUCGACUUCGACCCUCUUUCGCUGCACCCGACCUUCCACGCACCACCAAGGCUCUAUGAGCGGCCGUUCAUCCACAACUCCCAGUCCAUCGAGGACGACGUCAUCAACUCGUACUUCUCCAGCCAAGAGGCUGCUGCCGCCGAACAGGCCAAGGCCUCACUCACCGCCGCUGCCAUGCCCAACAUGCCUGCCCCGCCUGUCGAAUCUCCCCGGACGCCGAUCCAGCAGCAGCAACAGGAGCGGUCACGGGAGCACGCCGCUGAGGGCGACGACUACUUUCUAUUCAAGGUGCAGCAGCACAUUGCCGCCACGAGGCCGCAACUGCCGCGCUCACACUGGUCCGAGUCAACCAUUAACACCAUGGCGUCGGCGCACCACGACGACGAUGAUGACGAAGAUUCAGAAGACUCGUCGGAGAACGGUAGCAUCGUCGACGUGGAACGGCCCGUACGGGAGUCCCAGUGGCAGAAUUUUUCCCACAAGCGCAACUCGCCGCCGAGCUCGAGGCGGCCGCAGAUGAAGUCGCUCGACAGCGUCGAAGACUUUAUCAAGCGUGGCGGGUGGAAGAGGCGCGGCAUCGUCUUUGAACAGGAAGGCAGCCGGUCUUCCAACACGUUGUUCUAA